GCCGUUGAUGCGCCUUGGCUCUCGCUUUAGCCUCUCUCUAGAUGAUAAACCUCACGAGGCACAGAGUCACGAACCUCGCGACCAAUGGUGUCUCACUAGACGCAGUGUUGUACACGCGCCGACACUACUCUGCUCACUCUCCCGACAAGUUCACAUUCCCGCCUCUUCUCAAAUCAUGCGCGAAGCUCGGAGACGCUACACAAGGCCGAACCCUACACGCCCAGAUCAUAAAGACUGGAUUUUUCGUUGAUUACUUCGCCGCGACUGCUCUGGUGAGUAUGUACAUGAAGGUUAAGCAGACUAAAGAUGCACUCAACCUGCUCGACGAAAUGCCUGAGAGAAGUGUUGCGAGUGUUAACGCUGCGGUUUCUGGGCUUUUGGAGAAUGGGUUUUGUGGGGAGGCGUUUAGGAUGUUUGGGGAAGCUAGGGUUUGUGGGUUUGCUGGGACGAACUCGGUUACAGUAGCUAGCGUUUUGGGGAGUGUUGAGGAUGUAGAAGGUGGGAUGCAAAUGCAUUGUUUGGCGAUGAAGUCAGGUUUUGAGAUGGAAGUUUACGUUGGGACGUCUCUUGUUUCUAUGUAUUCGAGGUGUGGGGAGUGGGUUUUAGCUGCUAGGAUGUUUGAAAAGGUGGCUCAUAAGAGUGUUGUGACGUACAAUGCGUUCAUCUCUGGGUUGAUGGAGAAUGGAGUUCCACGUUUGGUGCCUAGUGUGUUUAAUCUCAUGAGGAAGUUUUCAGAUGAAGAACCUAAUGAUGUUACUUUCGUUAAUGCAGUAUCUGCUUCCGCUAGUCUUCUGCAUCUCCAGUAUGCUAGGCAAAUCCAUGGUCUUGUAAUGAAAAAAACUUUUCGGUUUGAUACAAUGGUCGGUACGGCUCUCAUUGAUAUGUAUUCGAAAUGCCGGUGUUGGAAAUCAGCUUACAGCGUUUUCACAGAGAUGAAAGAUGCCAGGAACUUGAUAUCAUGGAACUCUGCUAUCUCUGGGAUGAUGAUUAAUGGACAGCAUGAGGUAGCAGUUGAGCUGUUUGAACAGUUGGAUUCCGAGGGGCUUAAGCCAGAUUCAGUGACGUGGAAUUCAAUGAUCAGUGGGUUUUCGCAGUUGGGGAAAGUAAAUGAAGCUUUCAAGUUCUUUGAGAGAAUGAUGUCUAUAGUUGUGGUUCCUAGUUUGAAAUGUCUUACUAGCCUUCUAUCAGCUUGUUCAGAUAUUUGGGUUUUAAAGAACGGUAAAGAAAUCCAUGGACAUGUCAUCAAAGCUGCAGCUGAGAGGGAUACAUUUGUUUCCACAUCUCUCAUGGACAUGUACAUGAAAUGUGGGUUGUCUUUAUGGGCACGUCGAAUCUUUGAUGGGUUUGAACCUAAACCCAAGGAUCCAGUGUUCUGGAACGUUAUGAUAUCAGGCUAUGGUAAACAUGGAGAGUGUAAAGCUGCAAUCGAAAUCUUUGACCUACUACGAGAGGAGAAAGUAGAACCGAGUUUAGCAACCUUUACUGCUGUUCUAUCUGCUUGUAGUCACUGUGGUGAUGUCGAAAAGGGAAUGAAGUUUUUUAGUUUGAUGCAGGAAGAAUAUGGAUUCAAACCUCGUAUAGAUCACAUAGGCUGUAUGGUUGAUCUUUUGUGUCGCUUUGGGAGAUUGAGAGAAGCCAAGGAGGUAAUAGAUCAAAUGUCAGAACCAUCAUCUUCUGUUUACUCGUCUCUGCUCGGUGCGUGUAAGCAACAUCUUGAUCCAGUGCUUGGAGAGGAAGCGGCGACGAAGCUAGGUGAGUUAGAGCCAGAAAAUCCAGCUCCAUUAGUGAUCUUGUCUAGCAUAUAUGCUGCAUUAGAAAGAUGGGAAGAUGUGGAAAGUAUCAGACGUGUAAUAGAUGAGAAGCAACUAGUGAAACUUCCAGGUGUUAGUUCGUCUGGUUAAGGUAUAUGGAACGGUGAUGCAGAGAGGUUUACUGUAAACACAGACAGGAUUCUCUUCGGAGCCUAUAGAGCAGAUGAUGUAGCGAUUCAGGUCUACAUUUGCAUUUUGCAGUGUGGAAGAGACACUGAAGGGCCUAAUCAAACAAAGAGUUUACACUUUGGAGGUCUGCAUAUGCCUUCUUACAAUGAACUACUGAAUUUUUCUGAAGAGUUUAAGACCCCUUUGUGAUGAAUAUUUAUAUGUAAAUUAAAGAUGAGGCAAGAGGGAAAAUUGAUUAUUGUAUUUACCAAAAAUUUUGUUGGUUUUC